UUAGAUCAGCUGAAGUAUUGUGUGACGGGUGCAUUAAAUAAUUCACUUUUCUGCUUUUUUGCCUCGUCUACACGACACUAUGCUCAUACUAUGCAUAUAUAUUUUACUCCGAAACAAUACACAUCGCGAAAUGCGUGGAAUUAGAAUAUUUAUUGGUAAAGAAGAAUUUGUUAGGUUUCAGAUUUAUAAAGGAAAUAGUAUAUUGUUUGCAACUGUAUUGAGCCACGGUAGCUUUGUUUUAUACAAUUUUUACUUUUGGUUAAAUUUUCAGAUAUAGUAGUUUUUCGUGUAUGAGACGUUACAAAGAGUUCAAUGUUAAUUAGUAGGGAUAACGUAAGUCGUAUUAAUAACAGUCAAAUAAAAAGUCAACUUUUAGCUCUCUUAUGCCAUUUUAUUUAUCGUUUGAUAAUGUGUGAAAGUUCUUAUAGCUUUUAUGGUAGUGUUGGAUAUACUCUGAUUUAAAGGUAAUUUAUUACUGAAUAAAUGGAAACACCGGACGGUGCUCGUGCUUGGUUAAUAGCCGGAGCUGCUUGCGUUAUUAAUAUGCUGCUAUCUGGACUAUCUCGUAUGGUAGGCAUUCUGUAUAUGGCUAUUAUGUCAAACUAUUAUGUUAGUAGAAGCGAAGCUGCUUUGCCGUUUGUCGUAAGAAACAGCAUUCGAAUGUUAAUGGGUCCCUUGGUUGGAAUUGUAGGCCAGACAUAUGGUAUUCGUACGGUAACCUUCUGCGGAGGUAUGCUGGCAGCUGCUGGAGCAGCACUAUGUUGUUUUGCACCUAAUGUCUUAUGGCUAGCUAUAUUUUGGGGUGGACUUCAUGGUAAGGUUUGCUUAUGA